AUGAUGACCCGCAGUGCUGCACUCUUGGAUGAAAAGUUGAGGGCUACGCUAAAGGAACUGGAAUCCAGGAAAAACCUGUGCGAUCAACUGUUGCAGGAGAGGGAUGAGGUAGAAGUAAAACGCAUAGUAGACAAGAACACUGACCUCAAGAAUCAAUUGGCAGAAUUACAUAUCCAACACAUGGACAUACUUGACCAACACAACCACCUCCGUCAACUUGUGUCAAAUUACCAAGAGUGUCAUGACACACAUGAACUGGCAUUGAGGCGGAUCUCUGAACUGGAAAUCGAGUUAAGCAGGGCCCAUAACACCAUUACACAGUUGGAAGCUGCCAACCACAACAACUUAGGACCUAAGAUUAUCCUAAAUAAUGAACUCUUCGAGUACCUUCCUAUAAAGGGCUCGCGCGUCGGUCAGUGUGUGGGGGGCGGUCGCAGUGAGUUUACUUUAGCGUGGAGGAAGGAAAGUGUCCACGGGACUACCACGUCAGCGUCAAGUUUCAAGAACAUUGAUAUGGAUCGUUUGAUGGAGGAUGCGGGCAGAAUUGACUGGUCUCCUGUUUACGACUGCACUGAUGUGGAUUCCAUGGUAUCUGAAUUUAACAACCUGCUAAGUCCAUACCAGUCUGGUUUUCGCCCUGGCCAUAGUACAGUGUCGGCUCUCAUCAAAAUUACUGAUGAUAUCCGGCUGGCUAUGGAGAAGGGGCUUUUAACUGUACUGGUUUUGCUGGAUUUUAGCAGUGCGUUUAACUCAGUUGAUUUCGACAUCCUCUUAGAUGACUUGCAGCUUUAUCAACACUUCAAACUUGAAGAGCUGCCGAAAGCAAUUGAUGCCAUCAAUAAUGAUCUUAGAAACAUAAGUCGAUGGGCUAAGGAUUUCGGACUUCUAGUCAAUCCUGCCAAGUCACAAGCUAUCAUUAUUGCAUGUGCGAGUGAAACUUUGAAAAAAAAAAUAAAAAUAUUUUUUUCCAAAAUGUCUCCCCUAGUGAUAGUUUUGUUAAGUGCUUUAGUUUUAGUAAAUGCCGGUGAACUGCAGGGCGACAGGGAGAGUGCGCGCGAGGAGAAGUUGCGGAGUGCUUUGAUUGACGCUUUUCAGAGUAUCAAGAAAGCUUCGGCCAAGGGUGGCGUGGACGACGACCUGGCGUCCGACCUAAUCGGCUCGCUGGCCAAGCCUGCUCCUCCGAACUCGAGUCGAAACGACAAGGCGACCACAGAGGACGCCUUCGACCUGUUCGCGGACGACGACGGGCUGUCGUUCGCGGACUUCAGCGAUGUGAAGACUGAGGAGAAACAGUCGACGACGGUGAAGUCUCACAAUGUGCAGCACAUUGUGAAGACGACCAGCAAGCCCGCGGAGAGAACGACUUCGAAGUCUCCGACGCCGAACAAGGAUGUGUUGGGGAAGCUGAGUGACUCGAUCAGGGAGGCGGUGAACGAGUCACGGAACGUGUUGAGACGGGACAGUGGGAACGUGACGGAGGUGCUGGGGAUAGAGAACAUGCUGCGGCUGUUCGACGCGGACAUCCUGGUGCGCCAGUGGCCGGAGCUACAGCGCCUGGUCUCCGGGGAGUGCCGGGCGGACCUGCAGGAGUACGUCGACGGCCUCGUGGAGAAGCAGCUGUGGGCGCUCAAGAUGGAGGACGCGAGCGGGCGCUACACAUCCAUGUUCUACUGGGGCAACAAUUACUGGACCGGGUCCGCGGAGCUGUGCGACAUCCUCAACGAGCAGCACACGCCGGUCAAACAACGCAACAAAACGGCUCAGUCUCAGAUCUUCAACGACUGGCGGCAGGACCUGUCGAUGGUGGGCUUCGGGCCUCCCUUCGAGACAGCCUUCUACAUCGCCAAGGUCACCGUCACCAGCAACUUCACUGAUAUCGUCAAAACUCGCCGCACCCUGCACCUCGGCAUAUGUCUCCCGCGCUCGUGCUCGCGCGCGGCGGUGGGCGCGCUGGUGGGCGACACGCGCGCGCCGCUGCUGAGCACGCGCGUGCUGGCCGUGCGCUCCCCGCAGCACGGGGGGUACAACUACUGGGCUGAUCCUACGUUCCAGGUGUUGUUAGCCGUAUCCUGCAUAGUAACAAUCCUGCUGAUCAUAGCCACUAUAUACGACGUGAAGAUAGCCCGCGACGUGCGCAGGCGCAGGCAGCGCGCGGCCAACAUUGCCGCCAACAUCGUGGCCAAUAAUGGCACGCGCGGCGAUCUGAAGCUCGACCUCAAUGGAUUGGAUGAUAUUAGUACUGUUACUAAUGGCAAGACAAUGUACAACGUGAACAACAACCUGGCUAUCAACAGCAACACUUCGGAGGAACGUCUCACGGCGGAGGCCAUCUCCAACGACGAACUCAAACUCAGCGUAUGGUCGGAGCUGCUGUUAUCGUUCUCCAUGAAGGCGAAUGUGCUGCAGAUCUUCGACCAGUCAGUCGGGGCUGACACUGUGCCCGUCGUGCAUGGCCUGAGGUCACUGUCCAUGGUCUGGGUUAUUUUUGGGCAUACCUGCAUCGUUGUCUUUAAGUACGCCGACAACACAGCAUUGCGGGCUAUCCUGGAGAAGAGCUUCUGGUUCCAGCUCAUCAUCAGCGCCGUGUACAGUGUUGAUACCUUCUUCUGUCUCGGAGCCACGCUGGUGACGUUCCUGUACUUCCGCACGAAGACGAAGGGCAAGCUGGACCUGCUGGUGAAGGGGCGCAGAAAGAUCACCUCCGGCAUACUGCAGUUCCUCGGACUUAUUGCUUACCGAUUUGCCAGAUUAACGGCUCCAUACCUGUUCAUCCUGGGCGUAGUGGAGGUGACGAUGAAGUGGUUCCAGCAUAACGCGGUCUUCGAACCUCCCGCGAACGACUAUGAGACCUGCCCCAAGUACUGGUGGAGGAAUCUGCUGUAUAUCAACACUCUCUUCCCUGUUGAGCAAAUGUGCAUGUUAUGGAGUUGGUACCUCUCAGAUGACACCCAGUUUUACGCAGUCAGCGCCAUCCUUUUGAUCCUGGCCACUAGCCACUUCAAACUAUCAGCAUCUCUAGGCGGUGUAUUAUUCGUCUCGUCCCUCUUCACAACUGGCUACGUGUCUUGGAGCAACGACCACAUCCCGAACAGUGAGGACCCCUUCACGCAGUUCGACAAGGUCUACGAGAAGCCCUGGACCAGGCUCGGACCUUAUCUCGUCGGCAUGCUCACCGGGUGGAUACUGUUCAAGACUAACUUGCAGAUUCGGAUGAGCAGGAUAUGGGCAGCAGUAGGCUGGGCAGUAUGCACGGGCACACUACUGUUCCUGAUCUUCGGUCUGUACAAGACGGAGCUGGGCGUGCUGUCAGCAGCUGUGUACUCCGCGCUGUCACACUCGCUGUGGGCUGGCUGUAUCGGGUGGAUUAUCAUUGCUUGUUCUACUGGUCAUGGAGGCUGGGUGCGGCCGCUGCUGUCAGCGCCGGUGCUGUACCCGUUCUCGCGCGUGACGUACUGCGCGUACCUGGUGCACCCCGUGGUGCUGCGCUACGUCGCCAUGCAUCUCACGCACCCCAUACACAUGGGGGAGCUGUUUGUGUUCAUCCUGUUCCUGGGCCUAACAGUGAUAUCAUACGCCAUCGCGUUCGUAAUAUCAGUAGCCUUCGAGGCUCCCAUCGUCACCAUGUUGAAGAUCGUCUCCCCACAAAAGAAACCCCACAGAGUAUGAAACUACCAACUAAUAUUUAGAGACUAACAGCCUUACUACAAAAACUUAAACAUGUGUUCAACGUGAUCAGUCAUUAUUUAGACAAGUGUUGAACAGACGUUUAAAAGAAGAAGUUUUUGUGGUACGACGGUAACUGCCUCAGUUAACGCACUAACGGAUGGCAUUAAUGAGCUGUUGCAAAGGUUUAAUUGGCCCAAAAUAUGCGACCUGCGCAAGAGUUGCAGAAAUACGUUGAACACUCUUCGCUGUCGUGUAGUGCGAAUGUGAUUUUUUGUAACUUUAUGCCCGUUUCUUAAUGUUAGAAGGUACCUGAACCGAUUUUUUAAAAAAACAAUUUUGGAACUAUUUGAGAAGAAAAAUUUUCACCAUUCGAUCAAUCAUUAGGAAACGAGCAUUACUCUGUAAAUUAAUUACCAUUCCAUUGUAUAUUUUCUUAGGUAUUUCAUAAAUAUAGUGUCCUCAGUUGGGGACAGUCUGACUGAAGUGUAAUGAUUCGUGUUGAUUGUAUUUACUGAGAAUUGGAUAUGACAGAUUAUUGUAAGUUCUUGUGUAAGUGCUUCUGAGUUUUGUAAAACAUGACAAUUGAGACUUUUAUCAAUAUUUUUAUAGGAAACCAUACAACGAAAUAUAUGACGAAUUUAGUUGCUAGGUUGGCCAUUGUUGGUGAGCCAUUUACCUACAAAUUACACAAACUACAAGUGAUAUGUUUGGCUCGACACUCCAGGGUAUACGAUAUUUUAGCCCAGUUCACUCUUUUAACAUGUUUAGAAUAUCUUUCGAAUAAUAAUUCACCUUUAUGUAUAGGCAUGUCUCCGAAUUAGUUGGUAUUGGCCAGCCAAAGUUCAAAGUACUCAUAUUCGUAUAUUAUUUUUAUAUAAGUUAAAUUAAGCCACAGAUAAAACGAGUGGCCUGUG